UGCGGCUCAGGGAGCACGCAGCACGGCGAUCGGUGGUGCGCUGUGUCCCUCGCACACAGCGAAUCACCGAUCACUGAUCAUCAGAGCACUGAUGAUCAGUGUGCCCUGAUGAUCAGUGUAUCCCCAGCAGUGCCACCUGUUAGUGUCCAUCAGUGCCUUGUGUCAGUGCUCAUCAGUGCUUCGUGCCUGUGCCCAUCAGUGCCACAUCAAUGCCACAUAUCAGUGCCUACCAGUGCACAUCAAUGCCACAUAUCAGUGCCCAUCUGAGCUGCCUUUCAGUGUCACCCAUCAGUGCCAGUCAGUGCCACCUAUCAAUGCCAAUCAGUGCCACCUAUCAGUGC